AUGUUGAUCGAGUGUACGCAUUGGGAACGUACACUCGAUCAGCAGUUCUUGCAAUCGCUCCUCACAGCUACCGCGCAGCCACCUGAAGAGCAGCGCAAGCGGAAGAUGAGCACUCUUGAACUUCAGCUCGACUACGUUCUGACGAGGAAAAUCUCUCAGUCGGAUAUCCGAAAAUCUAGAGCUGUUUGGAACGUUGCCUUCGACUCUGACCACCGUCCAGUUCUUCUCAGCUUCAAGAUACGGUUUCACAAGAGAAACCGAGGAGUUCCUCCUCAACCGAAAAUCGACAUGGCAGGUCUGAAAGACGAUGAAUGCAGAACAAAAUUCCGCCAACGUGUGUCUAUUCAUGUUGGAGUACGGACCAGAAAGAAGUUUAGCGAUGCGGAUUCCUUCACAAAGUGCAUCCAGGACGCUGCAAGGGAAACGCUCCCGGUUCUAUUGCCGCGGAAGAAGUUUGCCUUUGCAUCUGCGGAAGCAAAAUCCACGUACAAUUCUGUAUGUGUCGCGCACAGCGCUGACUUCAACCAGGAAAAGAAAAGAAAUCUUAGAAGGAAGCUGCGUCGUCAACUGCAACAAGACCGCGAUAACGAGUGGAUGUCCAGAGCGAUGGAGUUUGAGAAGGCGUGGGAGGACAGGAACCCGCGGAAAGCCUAUGCUCUACUAAAACAAUAUAGCGGCAAAACGAAAAGAUGUUCUCCAGUCCCCAACACUGCCAAUGGAGUAGCUGUCGGUGAGGCAACCCUUCCAAUUUGGAAGGAAAACUUCAAAGCCCUGCUGAACCGGCUAGCACCCUCAGCUCCUGAACUCGAACAUAGACCGACAUAUGCGGUUAACGAGGAGCCACCGACGGAGUCGGAGGUUCUAGCCUGUAUUCAAAAAACGAGGAAUGGAAAAUCUGAUGGAGACGAUAGGAUUGGCGCAGAAAUGCUAAAAUAUCUUCCUCCAUCUGGGAUUAGUGAGAUGACAAAGAUCAUCCGUUCAAUAUGGAUAGACGAAAGGAUACCUGACUCGUGGGGACACGCUAUCAUAAUUCCCCUCCACAAGAAGUUAUCCGUCACGGACCCUAGGAAUUAUCGAGGAAUCUCUUUGCUGUGUGUUAUGUACAAGGUAUUGGAGCGCAUUAUCCUGGACCGACUUAUUAAAUAUCGCGAAGAAACAACGCGCGACGAGCAAGCUAGCUUUCGUCCUGGCCGAUCUACGAUUGACCAGCUAGCGUUUCUGGACUUUGAAGUCGCGUUCGACUCUCCUCACCGACGCCGUCUUCUCAACGCGUUCCGCGCCGACGGAGCACCAGGAAAGUUCGUUCGCUUGCCUGAUGACAUGAAUCAACAAGCAACUGCUGCAGUUCGAACACCAGCCGGAUGUACAACACCGUUGGAAGUGGUAACUGCAGUAAGACAAGGGGCAGUGGCAGGACUCUUCCUGUUCAAUUUCGCCAUUGACGACAUUAUGCGAAGAACAGUCGACCAGUGUCUCGCCGACAUUGUCUUAGCACCGUCAGGCCCCUUGGCUGAUUUCGAGUACGCCGACGAUGUUGUUAUAUUCGCGGAAAGCAGUACGAAACUUCAACAUGUUGUCAACCUUGUAUCAAAGCUGGCUGCAGCCUAUGGACUACGUCUACGCCCUGAUAAAUGCAAGCAGAUGUGGAUCUCUUCGAGAACUCGAACGGAAAUCAGGGUGGACGGAUAA